ACUUUAUUGGCUUGAAUGGGUUAUUUAUAAAACGCACAUGAGCAAAAAAAGCUCAAGACAAUAAGACAUUUUAUUUUGCAAGUUGUAAUCUUCGAUUAUACGUGUAUAACCCACAGAAAAAACAAGAAUCUGGAGCUGUUGUAAUCUCAUCAUCACAGUAUGUCUACCGGACAAGCGCCGGAGAAGUCUACUUUUUCCCGGAGAUGUAGUUUGCUCAGUCGCUACUUGAAGGAGAAGGGAAGUUUCGGGAAUAUAGAUAUUGAGUUGGCUCGAAAAUCCGAUCUUGUGCUCGCCGGAAAAUCCAAUAUCAGAGGUCAACAAAAUGCGAUAAAGAAGGCAGAUGAGUCGGAAACCAGACCCUUCGAGUUUACUCAGAAACUUUCCAUUGGUGAAGCCUCUACUUAUUCCGGAGGCAAAGCCAGAGGUGACGAUCUCAGUAUUGUACAAGCAAGCAUAGUACCGGAGCCUAAAAAUUCCCAGCUGACCAUAUUCUUUGGAGGAAAAGUAAUGGUUUACGACGAGUUUCCUGAAGACAAAGCCAAGGAGAUAAUGGAAGCAGCGAAAGAAGCGAGUUUAGUUGCUGUUGAUUCAAAGAAAACUCAGAGUCACAUGGAUCUCGACAUGAACACCACCAGCAACAAAAGCAGCGUGGAGAUACCUGAUCUGAACGAGCCAACGAGUUCUGAUAACAACGAUGAUCAUGAUCAGACAAAACAUCAACAUCAAGUCGUGGAACGCAUUGCAAGAAGAGCCUCUCUUCAUCGGUUCUUUGCUAAACGAAAAGACAGGGCUGUGGCUAGAGCUCCAUAUCAAGUGAACCAAAACGGUGGUCAUCUUCCUCCCAAGCCACAAAUGGUUGAUCCAUCGGUAGAGCCAGGACGAUCCUCGCGACAGCCUGUGACUCUUCCCAAACAGAAGAGACAUAACGAUAGUAUGUUAAUUGAAGAGGACGAAGAAGGAGGACGGUGUUCGAAAGAUCUCGAACUCAAACUUUAGGAUAUAUAAACAAAUUUCAUGAGUUCACAUUUAUUUAGGAUUUGAUGUCACAGAUUUAUGAUUUUAUACAUUCUUCAAUAUAUUUUUCUUCUCUUUCUAAAGGUAUAUUAUUCCAUA